UACUAAUAAGUCGUCAUCGCUAUGAAAUAUGGAUGCCAACAUUUUGAAGGCAUUGUUAUGCAGCUGUGAAAGUGUCACAAAAGAUCUCGAAUCAUCGGAGGACUAUCAGAAAUUAGUCAACGAAGACAAAUUUUUACCAACAUCUAGUAAUAUAUUUAACGCAUUAUGUUCUUCUUUGACAAGUUUGUUGUCUUACAAAGUAUCAAGGGAAGCUUAUCAACGUUAUACCGUGAGACUUAAUGUAAUUGAUGUCUUGCGAGAUUGUUGUAGGAUUAACGAGGCCUUUAGAAAUUUCAAUGUAUUUGUUGAUGGAAAGCAUACCUCUACAUUCCUCAGAAAUCUGUUGGACAAGUAUGUAACAAACGAUUUCUUAGACACCUGUGAUUCAACCGAAAAUCUGUUACCAUUAUCUAGUGCUUUAAUGACCUUAACAUCUAUUGAUUCUUAUUACAAGUGUUAUGCAGAAAGACUGCUUCUGAAACUUGCAGAAUUGUCUUCUGAUGAAGAACAAUCUUGUGAUGAAAGUGGACGAUUGCUAUGUUAUGCUGUGCAACCAAAGUCCAAUUUGAAUCUUGAACUCUCAACAAUAGAGAAGAUAUAUGAUUUACAAAAAUGCAAAUUAAUGGAACAGCCAUUGCUAAGUCAUUUUGUAGCAUCUUGUACAGAGUUAAAAAAUGAUGACAAUGAGAGUAAUUUAAAGACUGUCGAUUUGUUGGAUCAGUUGUUUGAAUUUGCUAGCGACUCUCCACAUAUCUUUCUUUUAAUAUGUGCUUUUAUGAAAGAAUUGUUACUACAUUUAGAUUAUCAUCCUACAGUCAUAAGCUUCGUACAAUUGAUUUUGAAACGUAUGAAAGAAUCUUGUGAAAAUCGAGGCAAAGAUAUUUUAGAUCUAUAUCCAAGAAGCUUGCAAUCUAUUGUGAUUUUGCUGCGAAUAGAACCAGUAUAUCAUACGGAUGAUUCUAGAAAUGCUACAUUGGGAACAUUGAAAGACAUAUAUUCCAAGGAUAAGGAUACAGCAAUAACUUUGUUGUCGCAUUUCCCUCAAUGGUUGAAAUUAUUUGCAGAACUGCUGUUAAAUGCAGACACCAUUUAAUAAACAAGACGUAAUUCGAAAUUAUUAAAAUUAAUUUAUAUUUUCAGUAUUACAUGUUUAAGAAUAUAUCAGUUAAGAAUGUAAAAUAAUAAAACAGAACGAAUCAAAAUAAAAGCUUGAAUGUGAUUGUAUCAAAAGAAA